UUCUCCCGCUUUCUCAGUUUCUGGCGCCGGCGGCCAGCAAAAGAGGAGAGGUUUGAUAGUCUUUAGAAGCAGAAGUAGAAGAACAGGCAGCAGCACAGCAGAAAGAAGAAAGAAGAAAGAAGAAGAAGUAGAAGAACAAGAAGUCGACAUGCCCAAAGAGAUACCAGGUUUCUAUUAUGAUGAAGAGAAGAACAGAUACUUCCCAGUCAAAGGCCCCAUACCAGGCUCCAACUCCACCCGUAAGCAGCCUUCAUCAGCCUCCUCAAUGCCUGCCACCGACGCCACCAGUGGACGUUGCCGUCCCAACGGAAGCUCUAUUUCGACCCUUGUGCAGGCCAGGGAGUUGGAUGGGAACGCUUUACAUUUGAGGACUGGGAAGAAAUGGACAUGCCAUUUUGAGACCGAAAUACUGAACAACCAAGUUUCUCAACCUCAGGUGUGGAGCUAUGAUGAGACUGACCAUGUUGCUGAGGGUGCUUUAGAAAUCAUACCUAUCAAUAUGAUCACCCCAGAGGGUGAAACCCAAAUUCCUGCUUUGUUAGCGGGCAGCAUUCAUGGUCUGUUGAGUUUCUAUGUGGUUGGGAAAGCUGGUGAACACCUUGUCUAUGGGGUGAAAAGCAUGUCAAGUCGAGUUUGGCCUCAGAAUGGAGAGAGCGAGAGCGAGAAAUGGGCAAAACCACCUGUUCCUCUUUGGAGAAUUCCAGGAGCAUUUCAUAGAUUAUCUUCAGAUAUAUCUCGCAUUAGAUCACCGCGAAAGCCUUACUCUGUAACUAGUACUCCUUGUUCAACAGCCAGCUAUACACUUAUAACUACUUUGGGCUCAGAUAGGUUUGGUGGAUCAGUUUUUGUUCUGAAUCCAGUUGAUCCAUUUGAUCCUCAUUCGCGCAACAGUUACCUUGGAGUGGUCCACAAUGUUGCUUCUUUCAACUAUACCAUAUGGACGGCAGAUUGCAGCUCUAAGAAGAAUCAAGCAGUGGUUGGAACAAAUAGGGGAGCUGCGUUAGUAGACUUGGAAAACGGGAAAGUAUCCUGGGUGUUUCAUAGUGGAAGUGAUGUUCUUGCACAACAAUUUGAACUGUCGGGAAAUGGUGUAUUAUGUGGACUCAGAAAUGGGGCUAUUCUGACUGUUGACGUCCGAGAAGGACCAGGGGCCUCUUCUGCUAGGCUUAGGAAACAUCUAAUACCGUGCACACCCUCUAACAAAAAUGAUCGGAGCUCCACCAGAAAAUGGUUUAAGAUCAAUGGGAACAUACAUCCAACUUCUACUACUUAUAUGCCAAAAUCUGUUUCCAGUCUGUUGUCGCUCCAGCUGUAUGACCAAUACUUCUUGGCAAGCUCCAUGGAUGGUUCAAUCAAGCUGUAUGAUCAACGCCUACUUGGAAGAGGACCUCUGCAGUCUUAUGAGGGGCAUGUGAAUACGCAUACUCAUAUCCAGCUUGGAGUUGACCCAUCUGAGAAGUUUGUUGUGUCAGGGGGUGAAGACCACAGUUUGCGGGUUUGGAAUAUCAGGUCUGGGAAGCUGCUCUUUGAGAAAAAAGUUUUUUCGUCGUACCCCUUAACCUUGUGUACCCAGACUGAUGAAGGGUCUACACAGGAAAGAGGAAGUUGUAUGCAGUACCUACACGAACAGGGUAAUUGCUGGGGGUCUUGGCAUGGAUCAAGGGGAGGUUUAUUCUACACGCGUUGGUGCUGACUCAUGCACUUGAAUGAAUAGUGUAUCAUGGCAAUGGUUUUGAGCACUUACCUCUCUGAGAGAAAAGGAUAUGUUGGGCUCAGAUAUUGGAUUCAGAUCUCUUUUGUGCUUGAGGCUCUCAUUUAUCUUCGAGAAAUUUCUUUCUUGGCUACUUGGCCAAAAAAUUAUAAAUAAAAAAUCUCAGGUCCACUUAAUCCCCCCCACCCCCCCCCAACAAAAAAAAAAUAAUAAUAAUAAAAAAUCCCAGGUCUUAGAGGAGGGAUGAGCAGCUGGAAAGUUAGAGGAGGCUCGUGGCUGGAAAAGCUCAAAGUCAUUCAUGAACAGAAAGGAGAGAAUCCCGAGGUCUGCUCAAGCAACAUACACCAAUAGUGUGAUAUAUAGCUUAAUACUUAGUUGUUUGGCUUCUAGAGUUAAUUUAGGAUCAUGCUCUUAACUUUUUUGUUCUUGUUGCAUAUUUAGGAUAUAGAGCAUCACAUCCUAUAGGAUAGGAUAACAACAUGAGGUGGCUGCAUCAGUUGUGAGCAAAUGUAGUCUAACAAUGUAUACUGAUUUUCAUUUGCGAAAUUUUUUGUUCAAAUCA